AUGAAUGGUGGAAAGUUUCCACCUCCUAAGGCGGCAAUGAAAGAAGUCGGUGGCUCGUAUUACACUGUCAAGAAGAUUGUCCCAGAACUUCAUCCACCAGUAGCAGAAGAGAGGGUUACCGUACAUACAAGAGUCUUCCAGUUCUUACGGAAGCUCUUUCUUACCAGUCAAUUAAGUAGUACAAGAACUGUAUCUUAUUUAGAAGCCUCUGCAGGAGAAGCUGCAAUUAGGAAGGAAAAGUUACCGACAAAGGUUGAAGAGACUUUAAGCAGUGCAACAGCUCUUAAACAUGGAGAAUGUGAAGAUGGCCUGUUAACCAAUGGGUUUUUAUUGGAAAAAGAAUUGACUCAGAAUAUAAAGCCCUCACCUGAACUCGAAGAAAUUCCAAGUAAUCGACAAACAGUUGAUGGAGGCAUACCCCAAGAAGCUCAGUCAUUAACCAUAGAUGGGGUGGAAGGUGGGGAUACUAAUAGCAAGCAUGAGGCAGAGGCAAAGCUACAAACUUCAAUUGCAGCAGAGCAGACUUUGUUGGAGGAGAUGUCAAGAAUUUCCGCGAUCUUUGACUUGUGUGUUGCAUGUGGUAAAAUAAUUAAGUUUCUAAUGCAGGAUAAUAAAGACGCUGCAGCGCAAGUUCUUGAAUCGGAGCUAGAAUCUUUUUCGCGUUCCGAGGAGCCUGAGAAUAACAUAAAACAGGAAAAUUCCCCUGUCGAAGAUUUCAAAUUUGAUAGCCUGAAGUAGAUGGAUGAGCAAAAACAUUCACUUGAAUUGGAAAAGCCUAGGAGGUAACCUUGUUAUCUAAAUCGAUAUUCAUUGAAGGAUGAUAAUUUUUUUUGAUACCUACUACCUUCCGAGGGUCUAUCUUUCAAAAAAAAAAAAAAAAAAAAAAAACCGCUCAUAUUUAUGUUUUUACUUAUGCUUGCAUUUUGACAGAUCAGCAGACAAUCAGAGAUCUCCAAUCUUGUUAUAUUUUAUUGGUUUUUAUUUAGAUCAUUCAUAUAUGACGAGUAUGUAUAGACCUUAUCUGACAUGAACUAGCUUCAUAUAGGGAUUUAUCCAAUGAACGCAAGGCUGAGAAACAAGCUGAAAGCAAAACCUCCAUGUGGAAAAAUCUGAAAUCUUUUGCAGAUGGAAUCCUCAACAUGUGGUGGAAACAGUAGAUUGGGGCCCAGGUGGUCUCUAGUUUUUGAAUUCUUCCAUUUAGACAUGAUACUAUUUUUAUCGUCCCGUACUAUAGCUAAGAGCUCUCUCUAAACUGACUACUUCGUCUAAACAUACUUUCUUGGUUUUGCAGAGUUAGAUCGAAAACAAGGAGUAGAUGGACAACAUUUACGUCAACUUGAGAAAUCUUAUUAGUAUUAUGUUAUGCAGCCAAGUGCGUGCAAUGAUUCUUAGUAAAUGAUCAAUAGUGAGAGGCGAUGAUGAUGGGGGAUCGUUUUCUUGGAGUAGUUCUUUCCCCUUUACAAGAUAGGAACCUCACUGGAGAUGCAUGUUCAUGUAAAUAUCAUAAACAAGCUGACCAAUGAUUUUCAUCUGUUUCUUUUCUGGUCCUUGCCUUAUACACCUUUUUUGCCGGGAAGUUGAAUUGUUUUAUUCUGAUAAAUUCAAAGUCAGCCAAGGCGGCAAGAUGGCAAUAGAUAAAAAAUAUUCAACUAGUGUUGGCCGGUCGAAUUCAUUUGGCUGCUUUUGCUGAUUCGCCAAUGCCUCAAUCAGGGGCGGAUCUAUUAAGGGUCGGGAGGGUGCCACGCCACCCGCAAGCCUCACCCGAAACCCUGUGUAUAUAUAUGUAUAUAUACAGAAGCUAUGUACAAAUAUUUAAAGUGGCACCCCCACUACAAAGUAACCUGCUGGUGCCAGUGGACAGAGGCUCUGAUUUCUGCUCUCUGGUCGCGGGAUCGAGCCCCAUCGAUUGCAUAAAUGUUUUUAUUUUUUUAACCCUUGCUGCAGUGCUGCUCAACAGAUAAUAAUGAGCAGUAGCAAUCUUUGUUGACUUAAUUUAAUUUAUUAAUCUUUGACUUGUUUAUUUCUUAAAGUUAAAAAUAGAAUUUUCCCUCUUCCUUCUCAUUAAAAAAAAGACACAAACCCUCUCUCUCUUCUCAAUUCUCAUCAACUAAACAAACCCUCUUCAUUGCUCCAAAGUCAAAAUCCCAUUCGGCUGCUUCCUCCAUUGACCCAUUACGAAUAACCCAAAUCAAAGUUCGAAAAGACGAAUAAUCCGACCCGAAGCCCAAAUUGAUUGAAUGACGCAUGGCACCCGGAAACUUCAAAUCCUGGAUCCGCCUCUGGCCUCAAUUGCAAGAUCUAUCCGGUGAAAGUUUCGUGGGGGAGCCUAUUUGCAUGGAGCCAUUUAAGGCGCAGCCACAUUUUAAAAAGCCUCCUGGUACGGAGGACCACUUCUUUUUGGAAAUUGCUUAGCUGACCAAACUUGUGUUCAUGAGUUCUAUUACUAGCUAUUUCUUGAUGGAAUAAGUUGAUAUAAUUCUUCUUUGUUAUUAUUGUCAGA